AUUCUGAACUGAACAUACAGAUGUAUUCAGUCCUGGGAUCUGACUUUGAUUGAAAGACGAGAGAGACUUAGCGCAACGAUGUUAGGCUGCUUCUUUUUGUUUUUUCAACUUGUUUGUUAUAUUUUAAUUGGCGGCGCGACAGCAUCAAAACCAUUGUCUAUUUUACUGAUAGAGCCUGUUUUAUCUCCAAGCCAUCAUGUCUGGACGAUGCAUUUAAUUAAAGGAUUGCUUCGCAAAGGUCAUCAUGUACACGCGGUGAGCAUACACAAGCCUAUGGUCGAGGGUAAACUUGCGCAGAACUUGACAUACGACGCUUUUGAUGAAGUGAUGAAAAGUUAUGAAGCGAACGAAGAUUAUAACCCGGCUGAGUGGGAAACUUACAGCACAUUUUACAUGACGUAUUUCAUAUAUGAAUGGGGUAUUGAAUCAUGUAAAGCAAUAAUAAAAUCUAAAGAAGCGAAAAAACUUUUGGAAAUGAUUAAGACUGUUGAGUUUGACGUUAUAGUACAUGACAUUACUGUGGAUCAAUGCUUCUAUGGAUUGUGGGAGGUUGCUAAAAAUAAACCACCCGUAGUAGGGUAUGUUCCGUUCGGUCCUGCACCUUGGCUGAAAGAUUAUAUCGGUGGUCCAAAUUAUCCGACUGUUCGACCUUAUCCUGCAACCUUUACGAAACCCGUAAGUUUGUGGCAGAGAACAUGCAAUACUGUAUAUUACAUUUCGAACGAUGUUUUACGAUAUUACUAUUACUUGCCAACUCUUCAACGACUUGCUGAAGAAUUCAUGGGCCACCCUAUUAGGCCAUUACGUGAAAUAGAAAAAGAUAGAAUUAAUAUGUUACUACUUAAUACUCAUUCCGCAUUCGAGUCUGGAAUUCCCUUGCCGCCAAACGCCCUAGAGAUUGCAGGAUUGAAUGCUCAGACCGUAGAACCAAUUGCUGGUGAGGUAGUUGAAAAGCUUCCUGAGGAUAUACGUGUAUUCCUUGAUGGAGCAAAGGACGGUGCUAUCGUAAUAUCGUUAGGAACAAAUGUAAAAUGGAAAACUCUUGGGCUAGACAAGAUCAAUGCUGUUAUAAUGGCUGUGUCAAAACUGAAACAACGAGUGGUGUGGAAGCUGGACAUUGAAGUGCCAUUUGAAAUACCGAAAAAUUUAAUGAUUGUGAAAUGGAUACCACAAAACGAUGUUCUAUCUCAUAAAAAUAUGAGAGCAGUUUGGACGCAUGGUGGUCUUCUUAGCACGCAGGAAGCCGUUUGGAAAGGUUUACCAAUGAUCGUAAUGCCCUUCUUUAUGGAUCAAAAAUCUAAUGCACAAAUAUUAGUAUCUAAAGGCGUUGCCAUACAUUUGGAUGUUAAAAUUUUAUCUCUACAGAGUGUGUCGCACGCAUUUCAAGAAAUAAUUUACAAUGAAAGUUAUACAAGAAACAUGAAACAAUUAUCCAGUGAAUACCGGGAUCGGCCAAUAUCACCGUUAGAAUUAGCUAUUUGGAGUAUCGAAUACAGUGUCCGUCAUCCUAAUGGAAGUUUAGCAACGCCGCUUAGAUCGCAGAGCUGGGUGGAACAAAAUCAAAUUGACGUUUAUGCAUUUUUAUUCCUUAUUCUUAUCAUAAUAUUGUUUAGUAUAUUUUUUGUAAUAAAAACACUGAUUAGUUUUUGUUGUAAUCGUAUAUUCACCCGAUCAAAUGUAAGUAAAAGAAAACUUGAAUAAGCCAUUAAAAUAUAUUUAGAUAUCGUAUGUAGUUUGUUGUCACUAUUAAUAAAACAAUUUUAAUCAUU